CACGCGCGCAUUUACACAGAGUCAUCAUCGUGUUGUUUUUCUUCUCGCAAUAAUAAUUUGUUGUUUCGUUCGUUUGCAACAACAUUCGUAUUUCGAUGUGUGCGAUUAUAUUUAGCGCGAGUUUUUUUUUUUAACGUGAAUUUUCCCCGAAAACUUGGCGCUUCGAAUUGAUUGAUUUGACGCGCUUCUCUUUGACGCGAACAAAACGCGUCGAUGAGCGACGCAUUAUCCGCGGUGGAAAGUUUAUCUUUCUCUGCCGAAGAGCUACGUGUGCGUUGUUUUUUGUUUUUCCAUUACACCACAACGACGCUUAUCGCGCUCGGGUAAUGAAAGACGGAGAAAAUGAGGAUAGACCUGGCGGAAGUUGAAGUAUCGACGGAAGACAGUAGUUCGGCCGUCGGCGUCGCAAUGGACAACAGCAGCAUGGAUAGCACGGACGAUUGUUGUGACGGGGUUGAAGAGGAAUUGACGAGUCUGUCCUGGUUGCAGUCGUUGGAUAUAACCAGCGCGUCCGGACUGCCGACGCCGCCUUGUUCACCGUCGCCACCGCCGGUCGUUCGUCAACCCCCAAAGAAGCUGUCGCCCUUGGCCAAGGCUGAAUUAGAUCUCGCAGAAAAUGCCGACAAGUAUCGAACGGAUCCAAACGCAAAACCGCCGUUUUCCUACGCAACUAUUAUUUGUCUCGCGAUGCGCGCGAACAACAACAAGGUAUCGCUCUCGAACAUCUACGCGUGGAUUCGAGAGAAUUUUCUAUUUUACAAGUACGCCGAUCCAGCCUGGCAGAAUUCCAUUCGGCACAAUUUGUCGCUGAACAAGUGCUUCGUGAAGUUGCCGCGUUCCAAAAACGAACCGGGCAAAGGUGGUUUCUGGAAAUUGGAUCUCGAGAGAAUGGAAGAGGGCAAACGAUCCAGACGUCGUUCAGCCGCGAUCUCACAGCGAGUUCGAGGCACGAAGAAGCAAUCCCCGACCGUGACAACGACGAUGACGUUCAAUACUUCUCCACAGACCAAUAACAGCUGCACACCGCCCAGCAGCUGCUUGUCCAGCAGUACUCUGUACGAGACCCCGCCUAGCAGCGUGUCGCCCCCGAUUCCGGACAGUCUGUCGGAAGUACCGGAAUCGACGCAGGUCAGCUUGAGCGAGGACGACUUCACCAACUUGUUGAUCGCUGGCUGGGACGAGAACAAUCAACUGGAACUUCUCGAUCUAUUGGACACCCUGUAAACCUACCCCCAAGCCUAUCUUUCUAGCGUAUUAAUCUUCUUCUUAUUUCGCACACACGUUCUCUCGUUUAUAUAUGUUCGUCAAAUUUUUCUUCUUUCAUAUCAAUUGGGACAACAUUUUCUUCGAAAAUUCUAUUUGAGAAGAAACGAUUCAAAUUUUAUUUUUAUAUCGUAGAGACUUUAUAUUAUGUAAAGUGUAU